AUGUACACGUGCGCAUGAGCGAUACGUUACUUCUAGCCGACUCAUGCUUCCUGAAUACCAGUCUGUCAUCCUCUCUUAUGCAAUAUCUUUGCCACAACCUCCAACAGAUUGUACACAAUCAUCAUGGCGACCCAGGAUGGAAGUGAAGAAGUCAUAAUGGAAACUGAGGCAAAGCCAAAAGAAGUGGAACCACUUUGUGAAAAUGUGGAAAAAGGCGACCCAGGAAAUGUGUCUCACACAGAUGGAGGACUCGCCACAACUCAGGACUCUAGUAUUAGCAAUGGAGAUGGUGCGGACGAUAAGCAGGAAAUGGUGGACCUGAAGAUUAUCUGGAACAAGAUUAAAUAUGACCUGAAAAUUCCCAUUGACAGCACCGGAGCCAAACUGAAAGAGAGGAUCCAUUCACUCACUGGUCUUCCACCGGCAAUGCAGAAAGUGAUGUACAAGGGAUUACUUCCAGAGGACAAGACGCUACGUGAAAUAAAGAUUACUAAUGGUGCAAAAAUAAUGGUGGUAGGAUCCACAAUAAAUGAUGUAUUAGCUGUGAACACGCCCAAAGAGGUAAUUCAGCAGGAAGUUAAAGCUGAAGAAAACAAAAAGGAGCCUUUAUGCAGGCAAAAGCAACACAGGAAAGUUUUGGACAAAGGUAAACCUGACGACAUAAUGCCAGCUGUUAAAGGAACAAAGGAACGUUUACCAACAGUGCCUUUAUCCGGAAUGUAUAACAAAUCCGGAGGAAAAGUUAGACUCACUUUCAAACUGGAGCAGGAUCAAUUGUGGAUUGGAACUAAGGAGAGAACGGAGAAAGUCCCAAUGGGCUCCAUAAAAAACGUAGUGACCGAACCCAUUGAAGGCCAUGAGGACUAUCACAUGAUGGCAUUUCAGCUGGGUCCAACAGAAGCUUCUCAAUACUGGGUCUACUGGGUGCCUGCACAGUUUGUCGAUGCAAUCAAAGACACAGUCCUUGGAAAAUGGCAGUAUUUCUAAUGUGCCUCUAUUUUUGACAAUGACAAACUGGGAUUGAGAAGAGGAGCCAGAUAUUAAAAAAAAAAAAAAAAAAGAAAGAAAGAAACUGGAGACAACAGUGAGGCUUAAGGAACUUCUUGGAAUAUAUUAGAAGGAAACUGAAGGAUGCCUGUGGACUAAUCAUACUCUUUUUAGGUUUAAAGUGCACUAUGUGGCAGUAUCACAUUUCUCAGCCCAGUUGAUCAUUCUUGGGUUUCAGCAAGAUCCAAGGGAAAACAAUGAAACAAUUGUACAGAAAUUGCUAACACUUUUCCUCAGUUAUUCUUAAAGAAAUAAAACUUAUUUAAGGAAAUUAA